AUGUUCACCAUAAUUCCUGUCCUUUCCACCUUGUAUGUGGCCUUGCUUCCUGGCCUAGCUUUGGCAACGGCUCCCCCGGCUUACUCAGGAUACAACACAAUCUGGUCCUCGUCUUUCGCCGGCGACGCUGGACUACUUCCAGAUACCAGUAGCUGGAAUAUUAUUACAGGAAACCUCGGCGUAAAUGCAGAAUUAGAGACUUAUACCUCUUCUUCGAGGAAUUUACAACGAAGCGGAGGCCAGACACUGCAGAUCGUCCCGUGGAAAGACUCUUCGGUCUCCGGGGGCUGGACCUCUGGCCGGAUCGAGAGCACCUACACUUUCACCCCGAAGGCCGGCGGUCGGACAAUGGCCGAAGCAUCUAUCCGUUUCGGUACCAAUGGCAUCGGCAAUAAGCAAGGCAUAUGGCCGGCUUUCUGGCUUCUUGGUGACUCCAUACGCCAUGGCACAGCCUGGCCGGCUUGCGGCGAGCUGGACAUCAUGGAGACAGUCAAUGGCUAUUUGACUGGGUACGGUACUGUGCACUGCAACGUUUACCCAGGUGGCGUGUGUAAUGAGCCAAAUGGCAUCCAGGGGUCGAUCGCGAUUCCAGACCAAAGCUGGCACACCUGGCGCAUUGUCUGGGACAACACGCCUAGCAGUUGGACAAGCCAGACUAUCACUUGGUACAUGGAUGGCCGAGCCUUUCAUGAAAUCAGCGGGGCUCAGAUCGGUGAUCAGAACACUUGGAACAGCCUCGCACACAGCGCCGUCUUCUUUAUUCUGAACGUUGCUGUCGGCGGGUCUUGGCCCGGAAAUCCCAACUCUGCUACUUUGGAUGGCUACGGCAGCAUGAUGGAAGUCGGCUACGUUGCCCAUUACUCUUCAACGUAA